AUGGGCUUUAUGAACCUUUCAGGAUCAGUUUCCUCCGGCUGCAGCAACAAGGCUAGGUCUGAGAGUCUUGUUCUGCACAAGGAUUCGUUCCCACCUUCAGGCCAGGAGGGAAUAAGCGGCCCAGAUGGGGAUUCAGCUAUCAGGCCAUCUGCACAAGACAAGCUCCAAGCUGCACUACCUCGUUUCCUCAGCGAGAUCAAAGCCUGCUUGCCUCUCUGCAGAGUCCUCACAGGCUCCAAAGGUCCCACCCGAGUCCCAGACCUGUUGUGCCAUUUUGCACCCCUGACUCCGGUCAGCACCAAACUGGUGCUUCUCAAACUGAACACAGUCAUCACUCAGGCGUCUUAUCAAAGGCAGAACUCAAUCCGCAAGGCUGAUCCCAGCUGCCAAGAGCCUUUUCGGGAGUAUUACUGCAUCCUCCGAGAACCAAGUGAGGGCAAAUACAUGGGCCUGCGGCUCGAGUUUGCCUCCUUCCGCUGCCUCUGUGUUUCCAUGGUGUCACUGAACACCAGCAAUGUCAGAGUCCAGGAGAGGACACAUUCACCAGAACCAAACCCAGCUGUUGUCCUGCCGUCAUCUGCCCUUCCCAACAACCAGAUCAGCAGCCAUAACAGUGCUGUGUGGCCAAAACGGGACCACUUUCUCCCAAGUGUAUUCAUUCAACAAGUAUGCCGAGCUCCUUGUCAGUUGGCACAGCGGCGUGCAGGCCGGUGGCUGGGUGGCAGCGCGGGGCUAGUCUUCGGCACCACGAGUGGCUUCAGCUGUGAGGAACACACCACGCCCUUCUCCCUCGAGUAUCGAGUCUUCAAAAAUGAAAAAGGACAAUAUAUAUCUCCAUUUCAUCAUAUUCCAGUUUAUUCAGAUAAGGAUGUGUUCCACAUGGUGGUUGAAGUGCCACGUUGGUCUAAUACAAAAAUGGAGAUUGCUACAAAGGAUCCUUUAAACCCAAUUAAACAAGAUGUAAAAAAAGGAAAACUCCGCUACGUUGGGAAUUUGUUUCCUUAUAAAGGAUACAUCUGGAACUGUGGUGCCAUUCCUCAGACUUGGAGGCCAGGACACAGUGACAAGCAUACUGGCUGUUGUGGUGACAAUGACCGGAUUGAUGUGUGUGAAACUGGAAGCAAGGUUUGUGCAAGAGGUGAAAUAAUUGGGGUGAAAGUUCUGGGCACACUGGCCACACUGGCCACGAUUGAUGAAGGGGAAAACGACUGGAAAGUCACUGCCAUUAACGUGGAGGAUCCUGAUGCCGCCAAUUAUAAUGAUAUUAAUGACAUGAAACGCCUGAAACCUGUCUACCUAGAAGCUACUGUGGACUGGUUUAGAAGGUACGAGGUUCCUGAGGGAAAACCAGAAAAUGAGUUUGCUUUCAAUGCAGAAUUGAAAGAUAAGGUUGUUGAUAUUAUUAAAAGCACUCAUGACUGUUGGAAAGCAUGGGUGACUAAGAAAACAGAUGGAAAAGGAAUCAGUUGCAUGAAUACGACAGUGGCUGAGAGCCCCUUCAAAUGUGAUCCUGGUGCUGCCAAAGCCAUUGUGGAUGCUUUACCACCACCGUGCGAGUCUGCCUGCACAGUACCAACUGAUGUGGAUAAGCGGUUCCAUAACCAGAAAAACUAAGGAGGUUCCUCUGGGAUACAAGCUGAUG